AUGGCCUCACCACCACAGGCCCAGCCUGCCGAGGACGUGCCGGCGCCCAAACGCCGCGAGAUUCCCUGCAGGGGAUGCCUCCUGGACCAGCUGGAGAAUAUGCUCGACCAGUCGAAGAGCUUCGUCUGUGCGGACCAGCCCAAGCCAAAGCCGAAGAGGGGCAAGAAGAGCCUUGCGACAGCCUGUACCAGAUGCGCCAGGAAGAAGACCGGCUGCAUUCCCGUGGACGCCACCACCCCUUAUCUCGAGGAAUGGCUCCGGGCGGAGGGGGAGGGCGAUAGCGCAGACGAGUCCGACUGCUUCACAAAAGGGCUCCGCCUUCUUCGGUACCUGCGCCAGCAGAGUGACCAUACGCGCCGGCUCUACCAGGCGGUUCUGGAAUCGAUCUCGAUGGACAGCAUGGAGCUCAAGAGUACGGUAGAUAUGCUGGAGGCUCGCUUUGAAGCUCAGAUAGCUCCUCUGGCCACAUACAAGCAAGAGCUGUCCAGCAAGCACCCGCUGUCCCCGGAGUACACCGGCAAAGAAGGCAAGGAUCUGAGUGACGAGCUGAGGAAGACGAAGGACUUCGCCCAAAUGCUCGCGAAAGUCCAGGAGCAGUGCAACGAGGCGAAGAGGGAUGUCGGACGAAAGAAGAGAUUGCUGGAGGAUUUUCUCUAUACAAGCCCUUCUUUCCGCUGA